AUGAAUAGGUUCCAGAAAUUGCUUAUGCAAGAGGAAGAAGAUGUCAUUACAAGAAAUCGUCAAAGAGCCCUGGUGAUGCAGGCAGCUUCCUCUCAUAUCUUGAGGAUCCAAGAGGAAGAAUCAAAGUGGGAUGGUUCACAGCCCGGGCGCCAGUACAUCGCAAGAGAUCGAGAAGCUAUGGAUCGACGAUUGAAAGCUCUAUACUUCACUUCGCCGUGCAGGUUCCAGGGCGAUGUAUUUCGCAGAAGGUACAGAAUGCAACCUCAUGUGUUUGACCAUAUAAUGCAUGAUGUCGCCAACCACGAUCCGUAUUUCGUGCAAACUGAUGAUGCCUCCGGCAGAGUUGGUUUGUCUACCGAACAAAAGCUGACUUGUGCUAUGAGGAUGCUUGCUUACGGGCUUCCGACUGACCUGUGUGAUGAGUUUCUAGACGUAGCUGAAUCUAAAGCUUCGGAUAUCUUGUCGCACUUAACUAGAGCAAUCUGGAAUGUGUACCAUAAGCAUUACCUUCGUCGACCAACUCCGCCAGAUUUGCAGCGGUUGCUCGAUGUUGCUGACAAAAAGGGGUUCCCCGGAAUUGUGGGAAGUCUCGACUGUAUGCACUGGCAGUGGAAAAACUGCCCAACCUCAUGGCAAGGGCACUUCACUGGUUAUAAGGUAAAACCCACAAUCAUUCUGGAAGUGGUCGCAUCAUACGAUGCUUGGAUUUGGCACGCCUAUUUCGGACUUCCAGGUUCCCUUAAUGAUAUCAAUGUACUUGGAAUGUCUCCAUUAUUCAACGAAAUAUGCACAGGUGAGGCUCCUCGAGUUUCGUACCAUGUAGGUGAUAGAGAAUAUGGUCAAUGCUACUACCUAGUCGAUGGGAUCUACCCUAAAUGGGGAUCUUUUGUGAAAGCAAUUAGAAAUCCAAUUACGCUAGAGCAAGCUCAUUUUAUAAAGAUGUAG